CCCCGCCUGCGACGCCUGACCGACCGGAAGCGCGGAUUGAUUUCUACACGGCGAACAAGGGCGGCUAAAAAAAAAAAAAAAAAACCCCAAAAAGAAAUCAAAGGGGCGCUUAUUAAAUGAUUUCACAAGGGGGAGACGAGCGUUUCGAAACUGCGAAUUGACCGGCGAGCCCCUUCAAAGGAUUAUUCUUCCGCAGACGGGAUCUACCUUCGGGGUCCACACCUGCCGGGCGCCCUGAUGCCGCCUCCUGCCCCAGUUGAGCCCCUCUCUGCCCUCUGAAGGAGCAGGAUGACAAGAUGGCACAGCUGCUUGUACCGCCCGGACCUGACAGCUUCUGCCCCUUCGGCCCCGAGUCGCUGGCCGCCAUCGAGAGGCGCAUCGCCGAGGAGGAGGCCCGGAGACCGCGGGCGGAUCGCCGCGGCGACUGCGACGACGAAAAUGGGCCCAGACCCAACAGCGACCUGGAGGCGGGGAAAUCCCUCCCCUUUAUUUACGGGGACAUCCCUCCCCCGCUGGUGUCCACCCCUCUGGAGGACUUGGACACCUUCUACAGCAACCAGAAGACCUUCAUAGUAUUGAAUCGCGGAAAGGCAAUCUUCCGUUUCAACGCCACUCCUGCCUUGUACAUCUUAAGCCCCUUCAACCCUCUAAGGAGGGUAGCUAUUAGAGUUUUAGUACACUCGAUGUUCAGCAUGUUGAUCAUGUUCACCAUCCUGACCAACUGUGCUUUCAUGACCCUCAGUAACCCCCCGGAAUGGGCCAAGAAUGUAGAGUACACAUUCACAGGGAUUUACACAUUUGAGUCCCUCAUAAAGAUCCUGGCCAGGGGCUUCUGCGUUGGGAAGUUCACCUUUCUGCGGGACCCCUGGAACUGGCUGGAUUUUAGUGUCAUCCUCAUGGCAUAUGUCACAGAGUUUGUGGACCUGGGCAAUGUCUCAGCGCUGCGAACCUUCAGGGUUCUGCGAGCCUUGAAAACUAUAUCAGUGAUCCCAGGUUUGAAGACCAUCGUCGGUGCGCUGAUCCAGUCGGUGAAGAAGCUGUCGGACGUCAUGAUCCUCACCGUCUUCUGCCUCAGCGUCUUCGCCCUCAUCGGCCUUCAGCUCUUCAUGGGCAACCUGAGGCAGAGCGUGCGCCUGCCGUUCACCGCCAACGCCCACAACAGCAGCGGCGACGCGGCGUGCUUCAACGGGAACCUGCUGGACUUCACCGCCACGGAGAGCCCCUUCAACUGGCCGGAGUCCAUGAACGACAGGAUUAAGUUGAGAGUUGAAUGCAUUUCAGACUGA